AAUCAGCGCGAGUCGCCACUCUUGCGUCUGCCUGCCGAGUUAAGGAAUAAGAUAUAUUCCUACGUGCUUGGAGGCAGACUCUGGGAGCUGAAGGACACGUUGACAGCGGGCAGCAGAGAGAAGAACAGCAUGAGCCUGCUCCGAGUCUGCCGGCAGAUCAAUGCUGAGACAGCCUCCCUCCCUUUCGAGUUGGGGACCUUCAGCUUCGAAAGCCUCAGCGCGCUUAUGCAAUGGUCUCAGCGCAUGCCACCGAAGCAGCGAGACGCUGUUCGCUCGGUUAGGACGGCCCACUGUAGUUCUUGGGAU